GGAGCGAGAGAUGGGAGCGGCAAGUGCAGGAAGAAGGGGUGGAUUAUAGAUGUGGAGGUUGAAGGCAUGAGCUGUGCUUCUUGUUCGUCCUCUGUGGAGACGGUUAUUAAGAAGAGCGUCAAUGGAAUUGGAUCGGUGUCGGUGUCCUUACUUCACAACAAAGCCAGGCUCGUCGUCAACCACGCAUUGACACUCGCAGAGGAGCAGAAGGUAAUUGACGCGAUCGUGGAUGCGGGCUUCGACGGGAAGAUACUCAAUCGGGAGCGAGGGGGGGGGAGAGAGGGAGAGGGAGAGGGUGAGGAGGAGGAGGAGGAGGAGGAGGAACGGGAUCGGGGCAGCGACGGUGGUUGCCACGUGGCGCGUUUCCGCGUCGAUGGGAUGACGUGUACAAGUUGUUCGACGUCUCUGGAGAACGUGCUGAAGCGAACGAAAGGCAUUCAGACAGCCAUGGUCAAUUUGAUGGCAGGAGAGGCAGAGGUGGGCUUUGAUCCGACGAUCUUAGAUCAACGGCUAGUUCUUGAGGUCAUCACGGACGCGGGCUUCGAGUCUGAGUUGAUUGAGAUAAAGACAAAAAAGAGGAGCGAUGCAGUCGGGGGCCGCGAAGCAGUGGGGGAGACCACCACGUCCAGGUGGGCAAACAACAAGAAGAAAGGCGAUGCCCAACGAGAGGAAGGGGAGCAGCAGGAAGUGGUCGUCCUCCGCAUCCACGUGGCUGCUGCUGGUGGCGACACGUGGCAGCAGAUGAAAACCCGGAUCGAAGAGGUGUUGAAAAGGCGCCCAGGAGUGCGCGAGCUGACGUGGCAAUCGACGGAGGACGCAGGGGGCUUGAUCUUGAGAGUAAGGUACGAUCCGACGAUCCUGAUUGGUCCACGUCAGAUCAUCGACGCGAUUACGGAUAAGAUGACGAUCAGGGAUGUGGAUAAGAGGGCGAUCACGGAGAAGAAGGAAGGAGGCGGGAGUGGAGAAUGGGAGAGGGAGGAGGGAAGGAAUGAUGACGUCAGCUCUAAUGACACGACAAUGACGAGGACGAGCAGGAGGAGGAGGAAGCCGAAGACUAAGACGAAGACGAAGAGCAGCAACAAGGAGGGGAAGGAUAUGGCCGCCGACGAUGAAGCAUUUACUAUCAAUGUCGAGGUGAUAGAUGAGCAGGCGAUGACACGUGGCGCAAUCGAGGAGCGCCGUCGUCGACGGCUGGUUACGCGGGAGCUUCGGCCUCUUCUGCUUAGCUUGAUCUUCACGGUUCCUGUCUUCCUCCUGGCCAUGAUCUUCCCUCGCUUCUCUUCUACUGAUCGUGUCAUGAUGAUUGACAUUCAUAAUGGCUUCACGAUCGGUCACCUGCUGAGGUGGACUCUGGCGACUCCAGUGCAGGUCGUCAUUGGAAGGAGGUUCCACGUGGGUGCUUGGCGCGCUCUGCGCCGUCGAUCUGCCAACAUGGACGUCCUGAUCUCGCUGGGAACCAACGCCGCUUACUUCUACUCCGCGUGGAUUUCCAUCCGCUCCCUCUUCGACGCUAAUUACACUGAGAUGGAUUUUUUCGAGACCAGCGCCAUGCUCAUCACCUUCAUGUUGCUGGGAAAGUUCUUGGAAGGUUUGGCCAAAGGGAAUAUGACGGCCGCCAUAUCCAAGCUUCUCAAGCUGGCACCAGAGACUGCAACUCUGCUAGAAGAAGAAGAAGAAGAAGAAGAAGAAGAAGAAGAAGAAGAAGAAGGAGGAGGAGGAGGAGGAGGAGAAGAGAAGGGUGGCAAAUCGACAGGCCAGGAAGGAGGAGGAGGAGGAGAAACGAAGGAGAAAAGCGACGAAGAGGUUUCGCAAGCUAACUCUUGGGCGAUGGUUGAUGGAAGCAAGGAAGGAGGAGGAGGAGGAGGAGAAGGAGGAGAGAGAAAGGAGAGAGAGAGAGAGGGGUCUGUGGGUUGUGAAGGCUGGGGAGAUAGAGGAGAGAGUGCGGGAAGAGAGAAAGGGAGUAGUAAUACACGCCGCGUCGGAGAGGGAGAGGCAGGAGAAGAGAGAAUGCAGAGAGAGGGGGGGCGGGGUAAACGGACAGGCCGGGAAGGGGGAGCAGAGAGAGAGGGAGAGAGCAGUCCGAGGAGAAAACAGCAGAAAGAGAGGGUCAUACCAGUCUCUCUCGUUCAGCGAGGGGAUAUCUUGAAGGUGCGACCUGGGAGUAAGAUCCCGGUCGACGGACGUGUCGUCGGGGGGAAGAGCCACGUGGACGAGAGCAUGGUCACGGGUGAGUCGAGACCGGUGGCGCGCAGUGUCGGCGAUGAGGUGGUCGGUGGUACGAUGAACCUGGACGGAGCGAUUGUAAUGCGCGCCGAGCGCGUGGGUCCCGACACCAUCCUGGCACAGAUCGUUCGCCUGGUCGAAGACGCGCAGAUGAAGAAAGCCCCGAUCCAGAGGCUGGCAGACGGGAUCUCCAGCGUGUUCGUCCCGACCAUCGUGGUGCUCGCUCUCCUCACCUGGGCCGCGUGGCUGUACGCGGGAGCUAGCCAUCGGUAUCCCGACAGUUGGCUGCCGACUGGCACAGAUCCCUACAUCCUGGCCGCGGAGUUCGGCAUCACCGUGCUCAUCAUAGCCUGCCCCUGCGCCCUGGGCCUUGCGACCCCGACGGCUGUUCUAGUCGGGACCGCGGUCGGAGCCAAGAACGGGAUCCUGAUCAAGGGGGGAGAGGCUCUCGAAAAAGCUCAUAAGGUGAGGAAUGUGGUCUUCGACAAGACGGGAACAUUAACGCAGGGGAAGCCAGCAGUCAUUACAACAAGGAUAUUUAACUGGUCGUGGGAUGCGCCGGACUUCUUGGCAGUGGUGGCAGCUGCGGAGGAAAACAGCGAGCACGUGAUAGGCAAGUGCCUUGUUGACCAUGCGAAGGCCUUGCUGGAUAUUAAAUCUAAAAUGAUGAAGUUGGGAGAAGGUGAUCUUGGUGUCGAUACCCACAAGAAGCCGCCGCAUCUAGCCCGGUUUGCAGCCAUGAGAUCGGCAAAGGAAGCUAGUCUUUCAUCACUCUCGCGCAUGGAGAAGGACUCUCAGAAUGAAAGGCAGGUCCGCGGAGUCGACACUCACAGCGGUGUCAGAGCUGCGUCUCCUUUGGAGAUUGCACGAUGGAAUGCGCUCCUAAGGGAUGCGUACGUUAAGGAGCCUCCUAAGGUCCGGGACACUGUGAUCGACAUAGGCGAUACUUUGGCGAUGGCUCCUGUACGUGAAGCGAAGAGUUGUUGCCAAGACGGGACGAAGGAAGCUGCCGCGGUACCUGACAGCUGUUGGAGGACGGCCUCACCUGCGGGCAUCUCUACUAGCGCGGGCUGUAAGUCGGGGUCUGUUGGAAGGGGGUUUCCGAAGGGGGUGGCGCCGUUGGGGGCUACGAGAAUGGGGUGCUCCCCUUGUGGUGCAUUUGGCAAGCAAAUGUGGGUAACCCUAGGGGUGCCAGUACAUAACCCAGAAAGGGGCAGGUGGUAUAAGGGGUCCUCAAAACCACCAAGGUCCGUUUGGUGCGCGGAUUCGAGAGAGGUGGCUUUGGCAGGUGAUCAGACAAAACCCAUAACUUCUGUUGCAGUUGGCGAGCACACGCAAGCAAGCCCAGUGUUAAUGGAUGCACCAGCGAAAAUGGCGGGCAGCUGCUGCACGUCUCAGAAAGAUCCGGAACCUUCCGCAGGUAGCAGCAGUGGAAGAAGACCUUCCGUAGGUAUCAUGGCUGCAGUUGUACCUACGGAAACUAGUCGAUCUUUGCCGGCUGCAGGCUUUCCUUCUUCUCGUGUGUCGGCAGAAUCAGCACCGGCAGAUUCUUUGCAUCUGACCAGAGAUAUGGAUAAGGUAAAGGACAAGGAUCAGGAGCAGGAGGGUGCAACUGUUGUUGUUGGCCUUGGCAGGAGUGGUGGUGUUCCUGCAAGUGGUUGGGCGCUUUCGCCAGUGGCGACAGAUUUUGAGGGCAUUCCUGGAAAAGGAGUGAGGUGUCAGAUAAACCAGCAGGAAGUGUUGAUUGGCAACAAGAAGUUGAUGUCGGAAAAAGGCGUGAGUAUUCCUGCGGAGGCACAGGACCACCUUCAGGACCAGGAGGAACAUGCGCGAACUGUCGUGCUAGUAUCUGUGGGAGGGGCACUUGUUGGGGCCAUGGCCAUUGCAGACCCCAUUAAACUGGAGGCUUCGAGGGUUGUCAGAGUUUUGAAAGACAUGAAGAUCCGAAGCACUAUGCUAACAGGAGAUAACUGGGGCACUGCCAUCGCCAUCGCGAGAGAGGGCAAAGUCGCGCAUGUGAAAAACGCGACCUGGAGGAAAGAUGCAAUUGCUGCUCUCAGGAAAUGUGACAUCGAGAUCCAGACUGUGUUGUUCUCCUCUCCUCGGUUUACCGACAUCAACGGCCAAUAUCUUCCAAUCUGGUCCCAAUGCGAAUGGACCAAGUGGAAGGAAUCACUCUUCAUGGUCAAAGAUGCUCAGGGGAACGAGCUUCCUGUCCUCUUGGACGGGUGCAAGGUCUUCUCCAAGAUCGAUCUCAAGUCUGGCUACCACCAGAUUGAAGUCGAUCUUGCAGACCAGCACAAAACUGCGUUCAAAACUCGCGACGGGCUUUAUGAGUUUACCGUAAUGCCCUUCGGUCUCACGAAUGCACCAACCACUUUCCAAAGCCUCAUGGACAAGGUCCUCCGCGAACAGAUUGGCCGGUUCGUGGUAGUGUACCUGGACGAUAUUCUGAUUUUCAGCAAGUCCAUGGAGGAACACCUCAAGCAUCUUGAGGAGGUGCUCGCGAUCCUCAAGAAGACGCAGCUCCAUCUCAACUUGGAGAAAUCUGAGUUUGGGAAGGAUAGUGUCAUCUAUCUUGGGCACCGGUUGUCUGCCGCAGGCCUAGAGCCUGAGGCAACUAAGAUUGAGGUCAUACGUGAUUGGCCUUAGCCUGCGAACAUUCGCAAAUUGCGUUCUUUCCUUGGUCUCGCGUCGUACUAUCGGAAGUUUGUACCCCGUUUUUCUAUCAUUGCUCGUCCGUUGUCGCGACUAACCAGUAAAAAUGUGUCUUAGGGAUGCCACGUGUACGGAAGCUUUUCGAACCCUCAAGGAAGCUUUGGUAAGUUACCCAGUACUCCGUAUUGCAGAUCCCAAACUGACCUUCGUAGUUACUACGGAUGCAAGUCAGUAUGGAAUCGGUGCAGUGCUGCAACAAGAUGACGGCGAUGGCCUGCAGACGCUCGAAUACUACAACAAACGAAUGCCCAGCGU